AUGCACGAGGGGGGCCAAGAGGUUGUCAUCAGAUCCGUGGCCGUUCCGAAAUUGCUGUGCUCGCACUGCGCGCUCUGCCAUGCCGAGCUGGUCUUGCACAUCAGCACAAUCAUCAACUUCUCCCAGGCCGGUAUGGCGCUCAUUCUGGCUGUGGCUUUGGGCUACUUCGGAUCGCUGAAGGAGGAGAAGCUCAUCAAAAUGGGCCUGUUGACGAAACUGGCUGGUUUCUUCUGCAAGAAGUUGCCCACAUUGGAGAAUCUGGCUGAUGUUGCCAGCUUGGCUCUGUUUUCUUGGUUGGUUAUCAUCACAUACGUCCCACCUAUCUUCGAUUUGGAGUGGAUGGAGGAUUGUUUUUCGAAUGAGCUCUUGCGGGUCACCUGCUUCAUUCCACUUCUGCUCUGGCUUUGUAGAUUCUUGCUGGGCCGAUGCGCCAAGCGGUAUACAAGGGUGCCUCCACAACUUUACACUCCUGUGCGACGCCUGCCUGUCGGGCUCCGACACCUGAACGCGUUCAUGCGCUGCCUUGGGCCCGUCUAG